UUUGUUAGAUUGACACCAAAGUUUUUUUUGUUUUGUUUUUUGGGUUUUUUUUGGGGGGGGAGUUUUUAAAUAGUGUUGAGUCAGGGCCAACUUGACCGCAGCUAAAAAACAAAAAUAAAAGUUGUUCAGAGUAGUUCCUUAUCAUCGUUUUUACAUCUGCAGGGCUUGUGGUGAAAUCCUGUUUUAUUCCUGUUUCAUUCAUCAGCCAUUUUCACUCAGGCUAGUGCACUGUUAGAAAUGAAGCGAGAGAUGCAAGAUGAGGAAAGGCAGCUAAGUAGGAGCAAGAUAAUAAAGAACUCCAUGGGUGACUCAAGAUUUUCAGAUAAAAUAAUUUGUAUUCAGGUAUAUGGGUAUAUUUUAAUUAAAAAUGUAGUGCAUAAAAAAGAAUACAAAACUAAAUAAAAGUAUAUUUCUUAAUGUUUCUUAGUUGAUGUAUUUAUGAGAUGUUAGUUUGCACGCUGAGAACACAGCUACUGGCCCAUGGCAAUGUCCUCGAAUUGUACAAUAAAGUUGUCAAGGUUGGUGGCAGGUUUCAGCCACCUGCAACAUUGUCUAUAAUGUGCAAAUCAGUUAUGUCACAGAAAAUAUCCUCUGGCCCCUCUAUGAAACCAAAUAUUAAACCAUUUCCAAUUCUGAAAUUAGUUAAAGGACCACAAUGAUAUUACCUUUCUCCACUUUUUUUUAUUUGGAACUUUUCAGCUGAUAUUUUAACUUUGCUACCCAUGGAACAAGAAAAUGGUACUGAAGUCACCGAAUUCAUUCUCCUGGGAUUUGCUGGUCAACACAAAUUUUGGCAUAUCCUCUUCAUAUUGUUUCUAGUGAUCUAUGUGGUCAUCCUACUGGGUAAUAUUGGGAUGAUCUUACUCAUCAAGAUUGAUUCUGGCCUUCAUACCCCUAUGUACUUCUUCCUCCAACACUUGGCUUUUGUUGAUCUCUGUUAUGCCUCUGCUAUCACUCCCAAGAUGUUGCAAAACUUCGUAGGGGCAGAAAAAUCUAUCUCAUUUAUGGCAUGCAUGGCACAAUUGCUAGUCUAUGGUAUUUUUUCAACCAGUGACCUCUACAUCCUAGCUUCCAUGGCGGUGGACCGCUAUGUGGCCAUCUGUAAUCCACUCCUCUAUCCAGUAGUCUUGUCCCAGAGAGUCUGCAUUCAAAUGUUAGUUGGCUCAUACCUCAUGGGUUUCAUAAACGCCUCUGUAAACACAAGUUUUACCUUCUCUUUGAACUUUUGUAAAUCCAAUGCAAUUAACCACUUUUUCUGUGAUGAACCUCCAAUUCUUGCCCUUGCAUGCUCCAGUACUGAUUUCAACAUCACGCUACUAGCAGUCUUUGUGGGGUUUAACUUGAUGUUCACUGUGUUGGUUGUAGUCUUCUCCUAUACAUAUAUCCCGGCCACCAUCUUGAAGAUAUCUUCUACAGCUGGGAGGAAAAAAGCCUUCUCCACCUGUGCCUCUCACCUGACAGCAGUCUCCAUUUUCUAUGGGGCUCUUUCUUACAUGUAUCCACACCAUAGUACCACUGAGACUCAAGAGCAGGAAAAAGCAGCUUCUAUGUUUUAUGGCAUUAUGGUCCCUAUGGUAAAUCCCAUGAUCUACAGCCUGAGAAACCACGAGGUGAAAGAAGCCCUAAAUGGGAUCAGAAAAAAAGUGCUUCUAAUUUAAGCCUCAAUUUCUAGUUUUCUGUACAUGCAAACAACCAGGCUGGCUAACUGACAGUGCCUCUUUUUAAGAAAUCAAAACCAAAAGCCAACCGACAUAGACAAGUUGCUCAAUCUUACUAAUAGUGAAA